UUGGGUCCUUAUAAAAGGAAAGUCUGCUAAUUUAUUGUCAUAACUCAUAACAUCUCCUACUCUUCAACAACUUCCAAAUAAGUGAAGGGAAAUGAUGGAGAAGGCAAACUCCACAAGCGGUCUCAUACGAACAAAAUCCGACCAACUCGUGGAGACAAUUGCGGCGGCGCUCGGCGCGAUGAGGUCCUCGAUUUCACCCGGCGAGGCGGCGGCGUCGGACGGCGGCGGAAGCAUGGAGAGCAGCGGCGGCCAAUUGUCGAGGAAGUCCAGCAGGCGGCUGACGGCGGCGUCGCCGGGGCGGAGCGGCGGCGGGAAGAACACUCACAUUAGGAAGGCGAGGAGUGCACAGUUGAAAUUCGACGUGGACGAUUUGAACAGCGGCGCCGCCUUGAGCAGAGCUUCCAGUGCCAGCCUAGGGUUCUCGUUCUCGUUCACCGGCUUCACUGUGCCGCCGGACGAGAUUUCUGAUUCCAAACCGUUUAGUGAUGAUGAUGAAAUCCAUGAAGAUCUUGAAGCAGGCAGGCAAAAAAAGAAACUCCAAACUGAACCUACCUUGCCAAUCUACCUCAAGUUCAGUGAUGUAACAUACAAGGUAGUUCUGAAAGGCAUAACAUCUACGGUCGAGAAAGAAAUCUUAAACGGAAUCAAUGGCUCAGUUGAUCCAGGAGAAGUUCUAGCACUGAUGGGACCUUCCGGAAGCGGAAAAACCACACUGCUGAGUCUACUCGGUGGGCGAGUCAACCAACCAGGUCACGGUGGCUCGGUAACUUACAAUGACAAGCCAUUUUCAAAGUCCCUCAAAAGCAGGAUAGGAUUUGUGACACAAGACGAUGUUCUAUUUCCUCAUCUUACGGUCAAAGAGACGUUGACCUACGCAGCUCGUUUGAGACUUCCGAGGAGAUUAACGAAAGAUGAAAAGUAUCAACGAGCAGCGGACGUUAUAUACGAGCUGGGAUUAGAGAACUGUCAAGACACCAUGAUAGGUGGCUCCUUCGUUCGUGGAGUUUCUGGUGGAGAGAGAAAGCGGGUUUGCAUCGGAAACGAGAUACUUAUCAAUCCGUCACUCUUGUUCCUCGAUGAACCAACCUCUGGCCUGGAUUCCACCACUGCUUUGAGGAUUGUAGACACAUUACACGACAUAGCCGAGGCUGGUAAAACAGUGAUUACGACAAUCCACCAGCCAUCGAGCAGACUGUUCCUCAAAUUCGACAAGCUGAUUCUCCUCGGAAAAGGGAGCUUGCUGUAUUUCGGAAAAGCAUCAGAAGCGAUGGUGUACUUCUCAUCAAUCGGGUGUUCGCCUUUUAUAGCAAUGAACCCCGCGGAAUUCAUGCUCGAUCUAGCAAAUGGAAAUGUGACAGACAUCUCAGUCCCGUCAGAAUUGGAGGACAGAGUUCUAAUGGGGAACUCCACAGCGGAACCAAAGAGCGGGAAACCAGCUCCAGCAGUCGUACACGAGUAUCUUGUGGAGGCUUACGAGACACGUGUAGCUGAAAACGAGAAGAAAAGGCUUCAAAUUCCGAUAGCCGUAGAUGAUGAAAUGAAGUCCCAAGUCUGUUCGGCAAAAAGAGAAUGGGGAGCAAGCUGGUUCGAGCAAUACUCGAUAUUAUUUUGGAGAGGACUAAAAGAACGGAGGCACGAUUAUUUCAGCUGGUUGAGGGUUACUCAAGUUCUUGCCACCGCCACCAUUUUAGGUCUUCUGUGGUGGCAAUCCGGCAGUAACAACCCUAAUGAACUGCAAGAUCAGGCGGGGUUGCUUUUCUUCAUCGCCGUUUUCUGGGGAUUUUUUCCGGUGUUCACUGCCAUUUUUACGUUUCCACAAGAAAGAGCUAUGCUGAGCAAGGAAAGAGCUGCUGACAUGUACAGAUUGAGUGCGUAUUUCGUGGCAAGAACCACGAGCGAUCUCCCACUUGACCUAAUAUUGCCCGUGCUCUUUCUUGUGGUGGUGUAUUUCAUGGCGGGAUUAAGAAUGAACGUCGGCUCGUUUUUCCUCACCGUACUGACUGUUUUUCUCUGUAUUAUAGCAGCUCAGGGAUUAGGGUUAGCUAUUGGUGCUACACUGAUGGAUUUGAAGAAGGCGACAACUCUCGCCUCUGUUACAGUCAUGACCUUCAUGUUAGCCGGUGGAUUCUUCGUCAAGGAUGUACCGGUGUUUAUAUCAUGGCUUCGUUAUCUCUCGUUUAACUAUCACACAUACAAGCUUCUUCUAAAAGUGCAGUACGAACACAUUAGCCACUCGAUCAAUGGGGUCAAAAUAGACGACGGUUAUACGGAAGUUGGAGUAUUGGCUGCCAUGGUUGUCGGCUACAGACUAUUGGCUUACCUGUCUUUGAGAAGGAUGAAGCUCCAGCCUGGAGCUUAGAUGCUCCGGAAUAUUCCAUAAUUCGAUCCUUUUAGAAGCUACCAACUCAUAUGACUCUGUAAAAAAACUCGUACAGUGUGCUAAGAGAACAUGUUUCUUCACUUGAAAAUGAUAAUUAUAUCUUGUCGUAAAAGGAUUGUUGUGCAGAAAGUUUGACUACAAAGUGUUUCUUU